AUAACACAACUCACCUGAACAACAUGUCUUCAGAAGGUGACUCGGGGAGCAGUCUGUAUAAAGUAUACAGAAUAACAGCUACUGCGCUAAGCCUGAUCAUUUUAGUAGGCUUAACAAUUUAUAUAUUUUAUGACAGUUUUCAAACGACAACAUUGUAUUCUUGGCAUCCCUCAUUCUUCACAUUGGGGUUCUCUCUACUGAUGGCAGAGUCUAUUCUGGUACUAUCGAAAGACAACGUCCUCUUCUUCUUGCAUCCUAGCGUACAGAAAACUGUUCGUGCCCAUCACUGGAUUAUCCAGAUAAUAGCUGCUAUCUGCAACCUUGUCGGAUUCGUAACAAUUAUACUUAACAAAAAUAGAAGCGGCCGCUCCCAUUUUGUUUCAGAUCACGCCAUAGUUGGUUUGGUAGCAACCAUUUUGUGUUUCGUCACCUGCGCUGGAGGAUUUAUUACUCUGUACGCUACGAAACUGAAGGAUUGGAUUAAGCCUUCUCAUAACAAACUUAUUCACACGAUUAUUGGGAUUCUUACAUUUGUGCUUGGGGUCGCAGCUGAAGCUACAGGUCUUGAACUGUUGCGUGAUGAGCCUGUUGUCAUAGCAACAAUAGUUUUGUUGGCUGUUGCGUCAUUUGUCGUGUUUGAAGGAUCAGUGAAAUCUGCAUAUUCAAGAAUAAAACGAUUGUAAGAAGUGACGUUCUCGUGGCUAUGAUACUGAAGGUUGCUAUCCUGCAGGAUGUGAGAUCACAGCACACUACACAGCAUCCAACGGCAGGAUGAUUUGAGAAUAAUGAUUUGGAAAGUAUUCAGGAAGGAACAAUCUAUUCGAGAUACUAUUUCGGUAUUUGCUGGUGUAAGAAAGUAAAGAAAAAGAGAGAGAGAGAACCUUAUUUAGGACAGGCGGUAUUCCUGCUGAAAUUCGAACCGAGCACCUUAUGGGACAAGACUAGAACUUUACAUGUAGUCCAACUUUUUAGGUUAUGGUAGGCCAUGUAGUCUCAUUUACACUCAUCAGCAUUAUGAAGGAACCUCUUGCCUCCAUUUUCAAAGAAGGAAAGCAGAAUAAAAUAAAGAGUAACGUAAUAUUUUUAUAACCUGAAAGCUGAGACAGAAAGCUUUUCUGAAACGUUCAUAAGGAUCUACCAGGCUACACAACGCCAUGUUCUCGAAGAGAGUAAUCAUUAUAAUAUUUGUUUUUCUGGAAGAUAAGAUACCUUGUGUUUCUUUUAGAUUUAUUUCUUUAUUUCUAUAUCGCAGUGGUUGCUCUAUAUAUUCCCUUCUUGAAAAGUCUUUAAUCUCUUCAUUCUGCCCAUACAGUGUAUAUAUAUGUGUGUGUGUUCCUUAAGGUUCUCACAAUAAACAGCGAUUACUUCCUUAAACAGCA